GUGAUGCAUGUGAAUAUUUCCGAGAAGUAGGUGGAUUAAUGUUUGUGAGUAACCUUGCAAAAUCCUGCACACACUCAAUAGUGAAAGAGGCAUCCUUGUUUACACUAGGCGUGCUUGCAGAGAACAAUGGUAAACUUUUAUAUGUAUGAAAAACAACUGCUCAAUAUCAGUUUGCAGUCAUGCUUCUUUUCUGUCUUUCUUACAGUACAGUGUCCACAAACUGCGUGUAUCUUUCUUUUUUUUUUAUUACAGUACAUUGUCAGCAAACUGCGUGUAUCUCUUUCUUGUCUUAAUUAAAGUACAUUGUCAGCAAACUGCGUGGACCUCUUUCUCGUCUUUAUUACAGUAUAUUGUCAGAAAACUGCGUGGACCUCUGUCUUCUCUUUAUUACAGUAUAUUGUCAGCAAACCUUGUGCACCUUAGAACUGUUUGAAGAUGUCUGUGCAACCUUGUCUAAAGAAGACUCCUCUUUGAAUUUAAAAAGAAUGUCAGUCUAUGUGCUUUUGGUCUUAGUUUCAAAUAACAGUAAGUUCAUUCAUGCCACACAACCUUCAAAUGAGAAUAAUUUGCAGCGCAUUUUCUUAUAUUUUUUUAAAUAAUUCUAUGUUUCAGAAUGUGGUCAGAAUCUUGCACGGGAAUCUGGAUGUAUUGAUAUGCUUCUACUAUUAUUUAGGUAAAUCUUUCAUAUGGAAUGCACAAUUAUUCUCUUAGAUAUAACCAGCCUUUAUACUGUAGUUUUAUUUUUUCAUUAUGCAGAGAAAUCCUGAUAAAGUGCAACAGGCAUCUGUCAUCUAAAGCCCCAGACGAGCUUUACCAGCUGUGGACAUCAGUCUGCAGUGCUCUUUGUGCAUGUGUCAAUAACCCUCAGAACGGUACCUACAGGCUUCUAGAUAAGCUUUUAUUUUAUUUAUUUAAAAAUAUUUUUGACAGGUUAAUAAAUGAGUCUUUACCUGUGAAGGUCAAUGACAGCAACAAGUGAUUUUCGCUGUUUUGCAUUUCUAAGUAAUCUCAUUUUAAAUUGUUUCUUUUACAGAUGAAAACCAGAAACUGUGCAGUUCAGCAUUUCCUCAAGCAAAAGAUUGGCUUCAAAAAUAUGCUCAGCCUGAGGUCGCCCGUCCUAUCUGUUCUCUGGUUGGACUUACAGUUGCGAAUAACAGUAUGCCAUACACGUGUAUAUGA